UUUACAUGUUUUAUUUAAGGCAUUAAAGAAUGAAUUCAACUUUUUAUAUUGCACCACCUGGCUUAAAGAAUGAUUUAGGCAAAGGUUAUAAAACAAAUGAGCGAGUGUAUUCCCAAGAGGAUGUAUUCAGCAAACGUCAAUCGUUAAAUCGACAAUUUGAUAAUUUUGAGCAUGAAAAUCGUGGUUUCUUAGAAGUUUUUUUAAAUAGAAAUAGCUUAAAUUUCGAAAAGCAAAGUAACUUUUUGAAUUACGCAUUUAAACGAGCAGAAACGUAUAGAAUGAUAAAAACUGAAGAAUUUAAAGAAACUGAACAUUUGCAAGAUAAAUUAAAAAAUGGAAAUUUUAAAGAGAAUAGUGAACACAUCGAAAGUGUUGACUCAAAGAAGCCAGAAUCCAAUUUGAAAAAGAAAGAUUUAUGUAACAAAAUAUCUUCAACAAUAACUCGUUUGGGUGCAGUUAUUUGCGCCUUUUAUGUGAAUCGACCUAAGUUAGCUUUCACUGUUGGUUUAUGUAUUCAAAUUUCUUUGGUGUUUACUACUGCUGGUCUAUACAUUUUUGAUUAUGAUAUAUUUCCUUAUGAUUUUACGCAAGUACCUUUAAACCUUGAAAUGGAUUCAACAAAACUUCGUGCUGAUGCAUUCAACUUUGUUGUAGAAGAUGGUCGCAUAAACUUGCAGCCAGUGACUGCAAUUUCUCAGGGAGAAAGAAAUAUAAAAGCAGCACCAUUAGAACUUGUUUACAGGUGUAAGGAUUUAAAAAAAAAUGUCAUUACAGCAAAAAACUUAAAAUCUAUAACAGAGCUUGAGAAAGAGUUGUUUUUAAACCCAAUGUAUCAAAGAGUUUGCCAUUUAAUGAACUUGAACAACUCCAUGGUUUGCUCUCCUCCAAUGUCCCUGAUACAUUUGUUUGAUGGAACAUAUCGUUCAAUUGAUCCAGUGUUUUAUGAUCCUGAUUUUAAAAACAUUACUUCUGUUCUUAAUUUAGCCAAAAAUAUAAGUGAAUUAAGACCACUUCUUGCAUUUAGCUUUGAUAAAAACUCAGUUUUGGAAAAUAAUAGAAUUUUUUCAACUCAUUUGCGUUCACUUUUGUUUGCUGGUCUUCCUUUGCAUGGUUAUAGGCAUGCAGAAGAUAGAAAAAAUGAACAACUUCUUUCAUUAAAAAAAUAUAUUGUAGAAGGUUUUGGUAAGUUACUUGCUGAUAGAUAUAAGUCUGGAGUUGGUGAACUUAAUGUGUUUUAUAUGAACUUAGAAUUAUUUUUCAAUGCUGUAGAGAAGCAGGUUAUCUGGGACCUUCUUUUAGCAGGAGGAAGUUUAGUUUUUAUAUUUUGUUUUAUUUGGUUUCAGACAGGAUCUCUCUGGAUUACAGGAUGGGCUAUUUUUAGCAUAAUAACUAAUUUUUUCGGUGCAAACUUGAUUUACCGAAUUAUUUUGGAUUUUAGAUACAUAGGCAUAUUUCAUGUUCUAUCAGUGUUUAUUAUAUUGGGUAUUGGAGCUGAUGAUGUUUUUGUAUUCUAUAACACUUGGAAACUCAUGGAAAAUGAAAAGUUCAAUUGUUUACAAAAACAUCUUACAGAAACAUUUAGAAUUGCUUCUGGUGCAAUGUUUGUGACAUCGUUGACUACAGCUGUUGCAUUUUUUGCUAGUGCAACAUCUCCACUACUGGGAGUAUCUUCAUUUGGUGUGUUUUCAGGUAUACUGGUAAUGGUGAAUUUUUGUUCAGUAUGUAUCUUUUUUCCAAGUGUUGUUGUCAACUACCAUUAUUAUUGGAAAGAUUUUCAUCUUUGUUCCAAAUCUAAUAAUCAAUCAGUUAUCAAUGGUGCAAUUGAGAGUAGCACCAAAGAUGCUCCUCAAGAUGAUAUGACAAAAAUGUUUAAAAAUGUAGUGAAGUGGUUUGAAACUUCCUAUAGUGUCAAUUUUGUAUUACAUAAUAAACUUCGUUGGGUUGUAUUACUUGUAUUUUUUGCUAUGUCUGUGAUUUUUUUGGUCUUCGCGCUGAAAAUUGGACCUGACGAAGAAAUGGUUCAAGUGUGGCCUAAAGGAACAAAUUGGUAUGAUAUGCGCCAAAUUAAGUUAAAAUCUUUCACAGAAAUGGGAGGAGGAAUGGAUGUCAUUCGCAUUUAUAUAGUAUGGGGGUUAAAAAAUCAGAAUAGAAAAGACUGUCAUUUUACUGAUUUUAAAUGUAAAGGAAAAACUGUUUUUGAUGAAGAUUUUGAUAUGAAUAAAAAUGGAUGCCAAGCUGCCAUUUUGAAUUUCUGUCGGAGGCUGAAAAAUUUGUCUUCUCAUGAGGCAGAAAAGUUAGCAAUACGUAGAGAUGUUGCAACUGGUGAAUUGGAAGUGUCAUGUUUUAUUGAUGAAAUGAAUAAAUAUUUUCAGUCUGAGCAAAUAGUUAGUAGAAAGACCAACUUUAAAAGAAUAAACUACAGUAUUCCUUUAAGCAAACAUGAUGUAAUAUCAUUAAUGGAAACUUUGCCAAACAUAUAUAAUACAUCAAUCUUAUCAGAUGACUAUCAUCAUUAUUUUGAAGUAGCAUUAGGAUACUGGCUCUCUAAUGGAGGUUAUCCUAAAACAAACUUUGAUUACUAUAAGUAUGCUUCAUAUAUGGGAGGUUCGCUGGACACUACAUCACCGAGCAAAAAUUCUACACUAUCUUUAGUUCAAGGUGGGCGAUAUGGAAAUAAGUUGCGCUAUGUUGCAGUUGUAGUAAACACAACUAUAUCCGGGUCAACAUUGCGCUACAAACAAGGAAAUGAACUUUAUGAAAAUUGGGAAAACUAUAUUGUAACAGAGACCAAAGAUAUGCCAGUUACAUGUAAAAAUGCAUUUCAAUGUACACCAGAAUGGAAUAAUUGGCAUUGGUUAAAAGUUCAACAAGAGCUAAUGAGCAGUGCAAGGAAAGGAAUUGUAAUUGGUCUUUGUCUAGCUUUUCCGGUACUUAUUUUGGCAACAUUUAACUGGAUCAUCGGUGUAAUAGCAACUGCUGUGAUCGGUCUAAUUACCCUCGGAGUUGUAGGUUUGAUACCAUUAGUUGGAUGGCAGCUCGGUGUUCUUGAAUCUAUAAAUUUAACGCUUGUAGUCGGUCUUUCAGUUGAUUAUGUUGUCCAUCUUGCCGAUGGCUACGUUCGAUCACUGCAUUUUAAACGAGAUCACAGAGUUCGUUUUAUGCUUGGUCAUGUUGGCAUGUCUGUUAUAGCUGGAGCAGCAACAACAAUCGGGGCAUCAUCAUUUAUGCUUGGCUCCCAAAUCAAAUUUUUUUUACAAUUUGGAAUAUUUAUGUUUUGUACUAUCAGCUUUGCAAUUAUUUACGCCCUUGUCUUGUUUUGUGUGAUCGUUGGGGUAAUCGGUCCUGAAGGCUCCAACGGAAGUUUGAAAAAUAUACUAUGUUGUUUUAAAAAAAAGACACAUGAUAAAAAUCAGCCUAAUGAAGAUAUUGUCCUGGUAAAUAAAAUAUAAAAGCCUUUUCGUAUGAUUAUGACAAGAAAUUAGACGAAAAGUUUCAAAAGUUUAGUUAGGCUUGACUUUAUGAUCUUAGUUAAAAAUUUUAGGAAUAAAUUAUUUCUGUUGCUAUUUAUUUUACUUUCCAUUUUUAAAAUAAAUAGAUUUUUUAUUAUAAA